UUGCAUUUUGUCAGCGGUUUCGUGACGAAGCUCCAAGCGGUUUAACUUCAAUCAAUUAAAACCGUAUUAAAGUCAAACAAAAUAAGACAAAAAAGCAAUCAAGUGUCCCCAACAAUACUCACUACGUGUCUUUUUUUUCGAGUGAUUGUUUUUGCGGGUGGCGGGAAAUCAAAGGAGCUCCAAGGAUAACAACCAAAGAUAAUAAAAUACCAAAUUCGGCAGCCAGGCAAUGGGCCAAGAGGAUCAGGAACUGUUGAUACGCGGUGGCAGUAAACACACCUCCGCCGAGCAUCUGAACAAUGCCGAUAGUGGCGCCACAUCGCAGAGUUGCAUCAACCAGGGCUUCGGCCAGACGAAGAACUACGGCACUCUCCGGCCCCCUAGCCCGCCGGAUGGCCCCGGAUCCGGCUCUGUUGACGGCCAGCUGGCUGAGAACUUGACCUACGCCUGGCAUAAUUUGGAUAUUUUUGGAGCCGUAAACCAGCCCGGAUCCGGAUGGCGUCAGUUGGUGAACCGGACACGUGGCUUAUUUUGCAACGAGCGACACAUUCCGGCGCCCAGAAAGCACCUCCUAAAAAAUGUUUGCGGCGUGGCCUAUCCGGGUGAACUGUUGGCCGUAAUGGGCAGUUCUGGAGCCGGCAAGACUACCCUCUUGAACGCCCUGGCCUUCCGGUCGCCGCAGGGCAUCCAGGUCUCGCCAUCCGGGAUGCGGCUGUUGAACGGACAGCCCGUGGACGCCAAAGAGAUGCAGGCGAGGUGCGCCUACGUCCAGCAGGAUGAUCUCUUUAUCGGUUCUCUGACCGCACGGGAGCAUCUGAUCUUCCAGGCCAUGGUGCGAAUGCCCAGGCACUUGAGUUACCGGCAGCGAGUGGCCCGCGUCGACCAGGUCAUUCAGGAGCUAUCGCUGAGCAAGUGCCAGAACACGAUCAUCGGAGUGCCGGGCCGGGUCAAAGGGCUGUCUGGCGGAGAGCGGAAGCGACUGGCAUUCGCCUCGGAGGCUCUCACCGAUCCCCCGCUGCUGAUCUGCGACGAACCCACCUCCGGCCUGGACUCCUUCACCGCUCACAGUGUCGUCCAGGUGCUGAAGAAGCUCUCCCAGAAGGGCAAGACGGUCAUUCUGACGAUCCAUCAGCCGUCCUCGGAGCUAUUUGAGCUCUUCGACAAAAUCCUUCUAAUGGCCGAGGGCAGGGUGGCGUUUUUGGGCACACCCAGCGAAGCUGUGGACUUUUUCUCCUACGUCGGCGCCCAAUGUCCGACCAACUACAAUCCGGCCGACUUCUACGUUCAGGUUCUGGCCGUGGUGCCGGGACGGGAGAUCGAAUCCCGGGACAGGAUUGCCAAGAUCUGUGACAACUUCGCCAUUAGCAAAGUGGCCCGGGACAUGGAGCAGCUGCUGGCCACCAAGAACUUGACUCAACCCCUGGAGCAACGUGAAAAUGGAUACACCUACAAGGCCACCUGGUUUAUGCAGUUUCGGGCGGUGCUUUGGAGGUCCUGGUUGUCGGUAUUAAAGGAGCCCUUGUUGGUGAAAGUGCGACUCAUCCAGACAACGAUGGUGGCCAUUUUAAUUGGCCUGAUCUUUUUGGGCCAACAACUGACGCAGGUGGGCGUGAUGAACAUCAAUGGAGCCAUUUUCCUCUUCCUGACCAACAUGACCUUCCAGAACGUCUUUGCCACGAUUAAUGUCUUCACCUCAGAACUGCCUGUCUUUAUGAGGGAGGCCCGGAGUCGCCUCUAUCGCUGUGACACCUACUUCCUGGGCAAGACCAUCGCCGAACUGCCGCUCUUCCUCACCGUGCCGCUGGUCUUUACGGCGAUUGCCUAUCCGAUGAUCGGCCUCCGGGCCGGAGUCCUGCACUUCUUCAACUGCCUGGCCAUCGUCACCCUGGUGGCCAAUGUCUCCACCUCCUUCGGCUAUUUGAUAUCCUGUGCCAGCUCCUCGACUUCCAUGGCAUUGUCAGUGGGUCCUCCCGUCAUUAUACCAUUCCUGCUCUUCGGUGGCUUCUUCCUGAAUUCCGGAUCUGUGCCGGUGUACCUGAAAUGGUUGUCGUACCUCUCCUGGUUCCGCUACGCCAACGAGGGACUCCUCAUCAAUCAGUGGGCGGAUGUGGAGGCGGGCGAGAUAUCCUGCACAUCCUCGAACACCACGUGUCCCAGUUCGGGGAAAGUUAUCCUGGAGACGCUGAAUUUCUCGGCCGCCGAUCUGCCACUGGAUUAUAUCGGAUUGGCCAUCUUGAUCGUGGGAUUCCGGGGAUUCGCAUACUUGGCUUUGAGGCUAAGGGCCAGGCGCAAGGAGUAGUCCUCCGGAGACAACCUGUAGUUAAUUUUUUUUUAUUAUAAUUAUUAUUGUGUUUAUUGUUUGCUGCCUCCACAAAACAAAAAAAAAAUGUAUAAGAAUACCAUUAUGAUUUAUAAAAAAUAUAAAUAAAUUCAAUUUUCUAACUAAAGAAAACAAACACAACAUGCUUUUGGAUUAGAAGCAAAACUACUACCAUACCAAACACAAAUCUAUAUACAUGUAUAUAUAUAGAUAUUAUUUAUCACCAAAACACCAGUUAAAACAUUACCAUUUGAAUUGCGCGCCCAUCACAGACACACCACUACUGAGGGAAACCCACCUCUACCACCACCACCAUCGCAACCCACCACAUUGCGGGCAGUUCGUUUUGUUCGAUGACCUUGGAGCUGAGCAGUUCCGAACGGUUCUCACGUUUUUCAGUUCAUAUGGUUCCAAUCAACGCCAAAGAUGAUUUUAUGACAUUAGAUAGACUUUUUUUUUCAUGUUAGACAUUAUAGGCAUAAGUAGGAUUAUAGGUGUUUUCUGAAAAAAACUGUUGCAUAUACAAUAACAAUAACAAAAAAACAAAAGCAAAAAAAAAAACAGAAACAGAAGAAAAAGAAAAGCGCGUGGACGGGCCACCAGAAAAGCCGUUCAAAAAAAAAAAACAAAAAUUAAAUACUAUUACUAAUAUUAAGUUGAAAGAAAAGAAAUAAGAAAUAAUUGAAUCCAAAAUGAAUAUCGACGCUCUGAAAAAUGAAUGGGAGGAGCUCAACAAGGAGUACGCCGAGC